AUGGCAUCACCAUCUUUCCCAGACAUCAAGCACAAACCAAAUCUCACUGUGAAUACAAUCUUACCAUCCCAGAUAUACACCAUAGAUGGAUUUUUCACCUCUUCAGAGGUGAAAGCCGUACGGAAUUGGAUGGACGGAGUGGUGAUGGAGGACCCUAAACCGCCAGGUAAAGGGGAAGCAGAACGAACAGCUAGAAGAGGUUCCCUCAAUUCACCUGAGAUAUCCACCAUUCUCUUGAACCUCCUUUACCCAUACAUCCCCUAUUUAUCACCUAAAUACGCCUCCCCAACACCGAUACUAUCUCCUAAUAUAAGAGUAUAUCAUUAUCCUACUGGAACAUAUUUCAGAUGUCAUUACGAUUCACCUACUCUCGAUCCUUCUUCACGUAGAUUAAGUUGUUGGACCAUACUUGUUUAUUUAUCAGAUUGCAAAGGGGGUUCAACGACUUUCUAUACUGGUACACACGAUACUGGCUCAUCUAAGAAAACUAAAAACAAGGGCAAACAGAAGGGGGAUGAGGAAAAGGGAAAGGGAAAGGUAUCGGUCGACCCUAAAGCUGGUAGAUUAUUGUUACAUUGGCAUGGGAUGUCAGGAGGAGGAUGUUUGAAACACGAAGGAGAAGAAGUGAAGGAGGGUGAUAAGUGGGUUUUGAGAACGGAUAUUUUGGCUUAA